AUGGGAAAAUCAAUGACAUUUAAACCAGAGAUUAUUGUGUGCGAGGCACCAGAGGAGCUCAGUCGCGUUUCGUGCAAAACUAUCCUCGAUAUCAUUGACCAGUCAAAGCGCGAAGUGUGGCCGUUGUCACUGGCUCUCUCUGGUGGAUCUACACCAAAGAUGUUGUACAAGCGUCUGCAUGACGAACACCUACAACUACUUAGGGAUGAGCGACCUUUGCGCUUCUUCUUGGGGGAUGAACGACUUGUCGCAACGGAUGCUGCAGAGUCAAAUUACAAUAUGGCAAGAGAAGUUCUUUUGCGUGAUAUCCCUGAUGAUCUUGUGGUACCUGUUGAUAUUAGUGUACUCGAAACCACACCGGCGAAGGAUGCCGCAAAUGCUGUUAAGGUGGCAGAUGCGUAUGCAAAGCGACUCAGUUCCCUUCUUCCAAUGCAUACCGUGCAAGAAACCAAUACACAGAUUCCUAUAUUUGACAUUAUCCUACUAGGCCUUGGUUCAGAUGGACACACCGCGUCUGUUUUUCCUGGAACUGAGGCUGCAAAGGAAGUGCACCGCGCGGUUACCGUGAGCUUUCCAGGUCCAACAAUGAACCCAAAGGUGUGGAGAAUUACACUCACACCAACGACCAUUAUUCACGCACGGCACGUAAUUGUUCUUGCAACAGGAAGUGAGAAGAGAUGGGUAUUAAACGGUAUAAUAGCAGAGAACGAGUCCUCUGAGACACCUGUUUCACGUUUUCUUCGGGACUGUAAAGGGAGGGUCACAUUUUUACUUGACAAGGAGAUUGCAAAGGAUAUCAAUUUGUAG